AUGGAGUUGGUCUGCAUUUUCGCCUAUGCUUCCGGCGUCUGUUUUACUCUAGAUUGCGGCGGUCUCGACACCGAGUUCGGCACGGGGACGAGACCGGCUAUAUUGGGGCCACUCUUCAACCGGGGCUUUCUUCACCAAGUCCGCGUACAACUUGCUCGUGGAGGGUGGUUCCCCGUCUGCGUGGACUCUUUGGAAAGCGAUUUGGACAUGGCCGGGACCUCCACUAAUCAAUCGAAAUCCCAGUAUCUGUCUCACCAAAUCACUUCAAAGAGAUGGCUAGUGGGGCAUUGCCGGUCGCAAGAUUCAAUUUCUCCUGAGAAUGAGUAUCGCUCGUCACGCAACAUAGCAAUCAGCUUGCUGAGGCGGUACAGAAAUUUUGUCGAGCGUGGUGGAGGAAACAACCUGAAGGAGUUCAUCAGCGCUGGUGUAAAUGCAUACGCGUUAGGAUGCACUGAAUUGGGGUUGAGGAAAGAGCUUACCGAUAUGAAGGAGUCUGGUGUUGAGAUUGAAGCUAUGCAAGCCUAUGGUGAAACUAUGGGUCUAAAGUCCAGAAUUUUUUCCCAAGAAGUUGAGGAAUGUAUAAUGUGGUUGAGCAUUGUAUUUAUCACGAUUCUUUGUACACCACAACCAACUGUAGUUCGAUGGUCUACCACAUGUCCAGUGUCGGAAGAUAUGCUGAUCAAGUGGAAGGGCUUUUGCGCGAUUAUAGCAAAUGCGUACUAUACAAGAGGAAUGGCUUGGCUUCCGGUGAAGACUCUCCAAUUGGAGCAAAUGGCGGUUAUGGGUCGUGCAGAGGAACCAUCUCUUGUGGCUAGCCGAAUGAGACUCGUAUUUAGCACACUUGAGGUUGUGAGUCCACAGUGGCCAAGAGUGUGA